UAAUGAUGGAUUAUGAAUUCAAAGAAAAAUUAGCUCAAGAACGAGCUAAAGUCGAAGAUUUAUUCGAAUAUGAAGGCUGUAAAGUAGGUCGUGGUACCUAUGGUCAUGUUUACAAAGCUCGACCCAAAGAAAGUAAUGAUGAUCGAGUAUAUGCGUUGAAACAGAUCGAAGGCAGUGGCAUAUCCAUGUCAGCAUGUCGUGAAAUUGCGCUACUUCGAGAAUUAAAACAUGUAAAUGUAAUAAAUCUACAACGCGUUUUUCUUUCACAUGCUGAUCGAAGAGUAUGGUUGUUAUUCGAUUAUGCCGAACAUGAUCUAUGGCAUAUUAUAAAAUUUCAUCGUAGCGCAAAAGCGAAUAAGAAAACUGUACACGUACCAAAAGGAAUGGUUAAAUCAUUAAUCUAUCAAAUUUUAGCCGGCAUUCAUUAUCUACAUUCCAAUUGGAUACUUCAUCGUGAUUUGAAACCGGCCAAUAUUUUGGUCAUGGGUGAAGGACGUGAACGUGGCCGUGUAAAAAUAGCUGAUAUGGGUUUUGCUCGGUUAUUCAACAAUCCAUUGAAACCAUUAGCUGAUCUUGAUCCGGUUGUUGUAACAUUUUGGUAUCGUGCGCCAGAAUUAUUAUUGGGUGCACGACAUUAUACGAAAGCUAUCGAUAUAUGGGCGAUCGGAUGUAUAUUUGCCGAAUUAUUAACAUCUGAGCCGAUAUUUCAUUGUCGUCAAGAAGAUAUAAAAACGAAUAAUCCAUAUCAUCAAGAUCAAUUAGAUAGAAUAUUUAAUGUGAUGGGCUUUCCAAUGGACAAAGACUGGGAGGAUAUAAAAAAGAUGCCCGAAUAUAAUCAAUUACAAAAAGACUUCAAAAAACAACCUUAUACUAAUUGUUCAUUAGUGAAAUAUAUGGACAAACAUAAGAUAAAAUCUGAUACGCGAGCCUUUGUACUUUUAUCACGGUUAUUGUCCAUGGAUCCGAUCAAACGUAUUACAUCGGAACAAGCGAUGCAAGAUCCAUAUUUUAGUGAAGAUCCUGAACCAACUCAAGAUGUAUUCAAUGGAAUGCCCAUACCAUAUCCUAAACGGGAGUUUCUCACCGAUGAAGGAAAUGAAGAUAAUCAUAAUAAUCAGGCUAAUCAUGGUCAAGCUAAUCAACAGAAUCCGGCUGCCGUUGCGGCAGCUGCUGCUGUUGUAGCUGCAGCUGCUAAUAAUAAUCAACAGAAUCCAGGUGUACAGCAGAAACAAGGACCACCCGGCCAAUCAGGGCAUCAUGGUCAAUCCACAUCCGACAUGGUAUCAAAAAGUGGACAGCAAUCCGGACAAAAUCAACAUGGUAAUCAUGGUGGACAUGCUCAUGGAGCAAUGGGACAUCAUCAUCAUUCAUCGAAUCAUCAAACGAAUAAAAUGUCUAUGGGCCAUCAUCAAAGUCAACAACAUCACGGACAAUCUAGUAGUAUGAUGCAUGGUGGUAGUGGACAUGAUCCACAUCAUAGUUUACCAUCGGCUAAACGUGUACGUUUGGGACCUGGUGGAAUGGGACAAGGAUCUGGACAGGGACCGAAUACAUCAUUAUUCAGUAACAAUGGAACGAAUAGCCAAAGUAGUGGUAAAGGUGGUGGUGGACAUCAAUAUAAUCAACGUUAUUAAUCAAAACAUAAAACCACUAUUGAAUCGAGACAAAAAACGUGAUUUCCGUCAAUGAAAUUUAUUUUGAAUAAAUCACGUAUCAUUCGGAUCUAUUCACAUUUAAUUCGAAGUAU